AAUCAUACGUAAGUACAGUCACUUUAAACCUAAUUCUUAUCCAAUAAUGAGCCUGAUUUUAAUAAAUUAAAAUCUUCUUUAGAUAAUUGUCAAUUUUUAAUAUUAUGAUUUAAAAAAGUGAUUAUAAGCUCCUUAUUUUUAAUGUUGAUCUUUUUUGUACUAAUUUAUAUAGGAAAAGUGAAUUGAAAACCUUCUUUGUAAAAAACCCUUGAACGAGAUUACAAAACAUCUUUUGUUAUUUUAAUUUUUGAUUUGAAUCAUCAAAUAUGUCAGAAAGUAAACCUUCAAAGAACGAGCUUUUGGCUGUAUUUAAUAAAUUGAAAACGAUUCCUGCUAAUAAGCAAUGUUUCGACUGUGGAGCUAAAAAUCCGUCCUGGGCAAGUGUUACUUUUGGAGUAUUCAUUUGUAUAGAUUGUUCAGCUAGCCAUCGAUCUCUUGGAGUACAUGUUUCCUUUGUCCGAUCAACUCAAUUGGAUACAAAUUGGACUUGGCUUCAAUUGAGAUCCAUGCAAUGUGGCGGUAAUGCUAAUGCCUUAUCAUUCUUCCAACAACAAAAUUGUACUACCAAAGAUGCCCAAGAAAAAUAUCACAGUCGAGCUGCUUCGCUUUAUAGAGAUAAAUUGGCUACAUUAGCUAAUCAAGCAAUGAGACAAUAUGGAACAGAAUUAUUCAUAAACGUUUCUUCUAGUGGAGGAGGAGCUGGAUCAACAAAUUCUGAUGCUGAUCAAAAAACUCAAAGAGCAAAGCAAGACUUUUGGGAUGAACAUGAAAAUGAAAAUGUUACAUCAGACACUUCAAAUACAUUUAGUAAACGCCAUCAAUUACAAGAUCCACUCGUGAAACCUCCAACGGUUGAAUCUAUACAUUCAAGCAAAUUAAAAGUUAAUUUUGAUGAAAAUGAAGAUGCUAAGUCAGACUAUAAACCUGUUAUUAGUUCACGGAAACCAACUUCAACUAAAAAAGGAUUGGGCUUAGGUUCCAAAAGAGGCUUAGGAGCUCAACGUGUUAAUACUGAUUUUAGCAAAAUCGAGCAAGAAGCUGCAAGAGCGGAAGAGUUAAAAGAUAAAAUGGUGAAAAAUGAAACUAAACCAUUAUCAAAAGAAGAAGUUAUCAAAACAAUUGAGGAAAUAGAUACUACGUAUAAAGAUUUGAGUGAAAGAGCACGCAUAACUGAGGAAAAAAUGCGAAAUGUUGAUCCAAUUAAAGCAAAACAAAUCGAGAGACUUGGUAUGGGCUUCACAGCUGUUAAAAAAUCUAAUUCCGGUGUCUCACAUUCAGCAAGUUCCGAUAUGACGACUCUUGAACAAACCAAUCCAACUAAAUCAGAAUCUGUUACACCUAGUAGAGACUUAUUCGGUCAUAAAACACUCGUAACAGGGAUAGAAGAUUUGUGGCUCAGUCGAAAGGAAGAUGAAGGCCUAGGGUCAGCCUAUUUCAGGGAAAAAGCCAAAAGGGUUUUCUAUGACGCGAUCACGAGCGAUGACUAUGACAAUGCUUCUGAUUAUAAAAAAGAAGACACACCAGAAAUCAUUGAUGACAUUCCAUCCAUGGACGAAGAAGAAAAUAAAAGACCAACAAAAACUCCAAGCCAUACUUUUGCCAAAUCAUCACCAUCCUCUUCUUCGGACCUUCAAGCUCAGAAGAAAUUUGGUCAAGCAAAAGCAAUAUCUUCCGAUCAAUUCUUCAACGAUGGACGGUCUAGUGAAUUUGAACAACGUACAACUUUAUCAAAAUUUGAGGGAUCUAAUGCGAUAAGUAGUGAUGAUUAUUUUGGCCGUUCAAACAAUAAAACACGUUCUGGUUCAUAUACAAGUGGCUUGUCAAAUGUUACUGCCAAUCUGUAUGACGUAAAAGAAGGUGUUCGCGAUGGAGUGAGUCGAGUUGCUGGUCGUCUCUCUUCACUUGCUACAGAUGUUAUGUCAUCCUUCCAGGAGAAAGUUGGAUAUUAACAGGUUUUCCAUGAGUCAUGAAAAACUCGGUCCAGUUGUUUUAUGGUUCAUCAAAAUGCUUAAAAGUUGGCAAUGGUCUAUUUUAUUUAUAAUUAUGUUCAUGUUACACAUCCAUUUUAUCUGAUGUCAAUAAUAAAAGAUCUUGCAAACAAUUUUGA